AUGGCACAAGAGUUGCGAAGUGAUGUUAUCCAUCGCGUUCUUGAUGAAUCGAAAUUCGUUCCAGAAUGCCAAGAUAGCAUUGAAAAAUCAUGUGGGUGUGUUAAAUACAUUGAGUCUAACUCAGAAUUGACAGAUGCAGAAAAGGAAAGAGCAAAACUUCUCAUUUAUAUGAAUAAGGAUAUAGAAAAUUUGAUACGAAUCAAAGGUUCUACGUAUCCUUGUAAAGUAUGUAACAAAUCCGGCUAUACGAUGCUAAACUGCGAGCAUUGCAUGCGGUCAUGUCUAAAAAGACAAUUUUCUAAUUGGACCUCGGGAAAUGAUAUAAUUGACAAAAUGAUUCAAGAUGCACAAAUGACCUUACCAACUCCGCGCGGGUUUACUGAAUGGAUACCAUUUUCAGACUUUGAACAAGUGGCAUAUAAGACACGUGGCGGUUUCGGGGAAAUUUUUACAGCAAUUUGGAUGAAAGGGUAUGCAAAAGCAUUCGACCAAGAGAAACAGGAAUAUAUUCGAAGCGGCCCUUUUAAAGUCAUUUUGAAGGUAUUAAGUAAAUCCAAUAAACCAAAUGAGAAUUUUUUGAAGGAGCUACAAACGCAUCUGACAUUGACUUCAAAUGCCAAUAUGAUUGUACCCUGUUUGGGAGUGUCAAGACGUCCCGAAUCGGAUGAUUAUAUUCUCGUCUUAAAAGAAAUGAAAUACGAUUUGCGUAGUUAUAUUCAAGAGAAUUUUAAGACAUUAACAUGGCAGGAUCUGUAUCAUGUGUUUCGUUAUAUUUGCAACACUUUAAGAAGAUUCCACCAAGCAAAUAUUGUCCAUCGAGAUUUGCAUAGUGGAAAUGUAUUAAAGCGUUUUGGCGGUUGGUAUAUUGCCGAUCUUGGCCUUUGCGGUCCAGCGGAUAAAACAGAAAAAGAUGUUUUUGGUAUUUUGCCAUAUAUAGCGCCAGAAGUACUUCGUGAUAAUAAAUAUACCCCUGAAGCAGAUAUUUAUAGCGUUGGGAUGUUAAUGUACGAAUGCUGCACUGGAAAGCUGCCUUUCUAUGAUUACAAUUGCGAUAACGUGCUGGCGAUCUGUGCCGGGAUGCGGCCGCCCAUUCCUGAGGGUCUUCCCGAAUCGUAUGUAAAAAUGAUGAAGCGAUGUUGGGCUGACAAUCCAUCUAUGCGUCCUACCGCGGUUGAGGCCUGGGAAUUUUUCGGACAGCAAAUUCAAAAGCUUGAACCUAUGGAAUUGGUAUUCAAAGAUCCAAUAUAUAUAUCAGAUCGCCCACUUAGUCGUGUUUAUCAGUUUAGUAACCUACUAAAUUCACGCGAAGAUUACGAUUUUAAUAUAAAUUUGGAUGAAAUUAACGGGAAUGAAAGCUUUUCAAGUUUCUUUCAAGAAAGUCUACAAAUUCAUGACGAAAGCAUUCCAGUAAAAUAA